UACCGGAAAAAUAAAAGUUAAUAUUGUUCUCAGGCGAGCAGCGGAGGAGGAGCUGGAUAAGUUGGUGCGUCUCAGCAGGUCGACGGUGCGGGCCAUGGAGGAAGAAGCUACCAUGAACACCCUUCACAAGGAACGAGACCCAACAAGAGAGGCUGUUGUGAGGUCCUUACAAGAAGCAACUGUAGAGAUGGAAGGACACAUACAGGCCAUGGAGGAGGCAGAGUCUAGGCAGCGUAAAUUACCAUCAAACGUUCCACAUCUGCAUCUUGCACCAGGAUUUCCCGUCAGCAACACCACAUCAUCAUCAAAUGGUGGUACAUCCUCAGUGUCAUCUGGGAUCAGUAGCUCCAAUUUACCCAUGUCAUCGUCUGCAUCAUCAUCACUCUCUUCAUUAUCAUCCAAUUCUUCAGUUUCAUUGCCUCCCUCACCUCCUGCCUUCAGUAUCUCCUCAUAUGGUAACAGUCACAGCUCCAGUGCAAAGAAACUGAAUGGCUUACCUGUGUGGGAUGUAGCAGCUAAAGCUUCAACAUCAAUGAAGCCCCCAAUUCUCACACCAAAACCUACAGUGACUCAGACCCCAAAAUGGCAGUCCUCAACCCAGACUGAUGUUAAGUCAAACACCAAUGGUAAUACUAAUGGUCAGGGAAGUCAAGGAUCUUCUCCACCUUCAUGUCUCUCCUCCACCACAUCCAUCAUGUCUUUCCUCAACCCUUCACCACCACCACCUUCAUUGUCGUCUCCAAGAGCACCUUCACCUUUGACCAUUGUAGAAAAGGAUGAAAAUGAAAGAAUUUUGGAAAUAUCAUCAACAUCUUCAAGUGUGAUUGGUGUGGCGGCACAGAUCAGACGUUUUGAACAACUGUCCGAGGGGUCGCUGGAAGCCCUCAAGACAGCCACUCUAGAGAGAGCCAAGAAACAUAGACACAAAGAAAUCUUGGAGCACCUUCGUAGUCAGGUAGAAGCAGCUCGUCGACAGGUUGCAGAUGCGGCGAACAAACAAUCUACUGAAAAAGAUGAUAUAGCAUGGCAAGAACAAGAGCGCAGGGCUAAAGAAGCAGAGAGGCGCAUUAGAGAGAUAGCUCGUAGGGCGCGUGAGGAACACCGCCGGGCUUCCCACAACUCUACACCUGCCCAUGCUAUAAACAGAAACCUUAAUGGUCUUACCCACAUCACCCUUUUUAAGAACGGCAUCAACGGCCACCCUGGGGUCGGAGGAGACAUUAACGGCAAUAUCAAGACUGCAUCAGAAGACAUCAGUAACAACAACAGCAGUAAGGACGGACCUGUUACUGGUUGUGUGCGCCACCGGCUACGGCCCCCUAAACCUCCUUCCCGUGCAUCAAUCGUGGCAUGGUUCCGUGAGGAGGAACUUCCUCGUGGAGCUGGGCUGGAGCCUUCACGCAUGGCAAUUGCUCCUUGGUUUCAUGGUAUUAUCAGCAGGACAGAGGCAGAAGAAGUGUUGGCAGGGGCUGCUGUUGGAUGUUUCCUUGUAAGAGUGAGUGAACGUAUAUGGGGAUAUGCCAUAUCAUAUAAAGCUGCUGACCGCUGCAGACACUACCUGAUUGAUGUUAUGGCAGGAAAAUACACAUUCUUCGGUUCACACCAAGCUUCUCAUGAUACACUGAGUGACCUUGUGGAAUAUCACAAAAAAGAGGCCAUUACUGCCACCGGUGGAGAGAUGCUGACACGACCUUGUGGUGAGGCCAGGAGACCUGAGCACCAGGAGCUCUUCGCCGGCACUCACUACCUCACUCUCUAGCUCAUCAACAUCUCGUCAACCUAUACUGUGUUGUGUUGUGCUACAAAUGUACUGAGAAAAUUGGACUGAAUAAGAUAUUGUUUACCACCAACAAAUACUGUCCCAGUUAUCAUAAUUUUCAUAUAAGUAAAAAAGUGUAGUUCAUGUUGACACCAUACCAUGUGAUAUGGUGCAUGUUGACACUAUUACAUGUGGUGUAGUUCAUGUUGACACCAUACCAUGUGAUAUGGUGCAUGUUGAAACUAUUACAUGUGAUGUAGUUCAUAUUGACACUAUACCAUGUGAUAUGGUGCAUGUUGACACUAUUACAUGUGGUGUAGUUCAUGUUGACACCAUACCAUGUGAUUUGGUGUAGUUCAUAUUGACACCAUACCAUGUGAUAUAGUGUAUGUUGAAACUAUUACAUGUGGUGUAGUUCAUAUUGACACUAUACCAUGUGAUACAGUGUAUGUUGACACUAUUACAUGUGGUGUAGUUCAUAUUGACACCAUACCAUGUGAUACAGUGUAUGUUGACACUAUUACAUGUGGUAUAGUUCAUAUUGACACCAUACCAUGUGAUAUAGUACAUGUUGAGCCCAUACAAUUUGCUAUAGUGCAUGUUAACACCUUAACAUGUGUUACAGUGCACAUUGUUGCCUUACCAUGUGGCAUAGUGCAUGGUGACACCAUACCAUGUGGUAUAGUGCAUGGCAAUAACAUACCAUAUGGCCUAAUACAUGGUGACACCAUACCAUGCAGUGUAGCAUGUGUUGUGCACCAUACCAUGUGGUGUAAUGUAUGUUAACACUGUACCAUGUGGUGUAGUGUACAUUAAUACAAGUGGCAUAUAUAAGUUUUUGGAAAUGGGAGCCCAAGACUUGAAGAUUGGGACAUUACUGUAUUUUACAAUACGUAUUUCCAUCCAGUGGUGCAAGCAGGCGGCGAGCGUAGCAAGUCCAUACAACUGGGGGUUUAGGUGGGGGGGGGGGGUUACAGCCUCCCCCUACCCUGAGAAAAUUGUGAAAUUUGACCAUUUUCACGGACUUUUUGAGGCCAUCUGCAAUGAAUAGUAGGACAUAAGAGUAUUGACACGAACAGCACACACUAGUCCAGGACCAACAUAUGUACAAGUCUCUACAUUAACGUCUGUGAAUCUGAUGAGGGAAAGCUUAAGUAUACUGUUUUACCUGUAGCCAUACUGAGGUUUGUGUGUGAAAAGAAUAAAUAAUAUUGUGCAAUUUCACAGCAGAAAUAAUUCUGUCAAAAUCUCUGUACAGUACUGUUGGAGGCUUCCACUCCCCCCGAUUAUGGGGUUGAGUUAACUUCUAAGUACACCUGUGCUUGUGUCCUCGGGAACUGGUUGUGUUAGGGUGUGAGUUGAGCAAGUUGAGGGAAAGCAGUAGUAAAAGCAGGGUGGAGCAUAGCCAGCCCCCCAUUAUACUUCACUGAUUAACACUAUACCAUGUGGUGAAGUGCAUGUUGACACCAUACUGUGUGAUGUAGUGCAUGUUGACACCAUAUUAUGUGGUGUAGUGCAUGUUGACACCA